AUGUUCUUUAUGGAGGCAAUUUUACAUUCGAUUGGUGGGGUCGUCGGUUCUGUGUGCUGGUUUGGUUGUUCGGACCUGGCAAUGGAAUUUAAUCCUUACACACUUAAUGGAGGUACUGCAUUGGGUAUAUCGGGCAAGGAUUUUGCUCUCGUUGCAUCAGAUACACGCCUGACAGAUGAAAACAUGGGUCUCCUUUUCUCUCGUGAUUCUCCACAUAUUUACGAAGUGAUAUGUCUCACGGGCUUCCAUGGCGACAUCAUCACAUUUAUUAAGUUGCUGGAGUCACAUAUCAAGGAAUACCUUUACCAACACAAAAGGGAGAUACCUCUCACGGCUCUCGCUAAUUUAGUGUCUGUUUGUUUGUACUCACGUCGUUUCUUCCCGUUUUAUGUCAGUGCUAUUUUGGCGGGUAUUGAUGAGGAUGGCAGAGGCGCCAUCUUCUCCUUUGACCCAGUUGGAUCUUAUGAGAGGGAAGUCUACCGCGCGUGCGGCACAGGUGGUGCUAUUUUGCAGCCAUUUAUGGACAGCCAGAUCGGUGGUCCGGAUCUCGUAGCCGAUUGUGUUGAAAUGGAAAAGGGUCCUGCGGUUCGUCUUGCUAGGGACGUAUUUAUUAGUGCUACUGAACGAGACAUUUAUUGUGGUGACUCUGUUGUCAUUGACGUAAUCACGGCUUCUGGAGUGAAUCGCGUAUGUUACCCGCUGCGGCGCGACUAA